AUGGAGCUAAUUGACUUAACGUCGGGGAUACAAAGCAGAACAAAUGUCGAUACAGUUUUCUUCCUCUUGGGCCCUGGAGCAUUUCCUGGAUUCCGGACGGUUUGGGAUGAAACUCUUGCCAAAUCUGCAGAGGCUUGGGCUGCUACAUGCAUUUGGGACCAUGGACCUUCCUACUUACUGAGAUUCUUGGGCCAGAACCUGUCUGUAAGGACGGGAAGGUAUCGAUCUAUUCUCCAGCUGGUAAAGCCGUGGUAUGAUGAGGUGAAGGAUUAUGCUUUCCCUUAUCCUCAGGACUGCAACCCCAGGUGCCCCAUGCGAUGUUAUGGACCCAUGUGCACCCAUUACACACAGAUGGUUUGGGCCACUUCCAAUCGUAUAGGCUGCGCAAUCCACACAUGCCACAAUAUGAACGUCUGGGGAUCUGUUUGGCGACGAGCUGUUUACUUGGUAUGCAACUAUGCCCCAAAGGGGAAUUGGAUUGGAGAAGCACCAUAUAAAGUAGGAGUCCCAUGUUCUGCUUGUCCUCCAAGCUAUGGAGGUUCUUGUACCGACAAUCUUUGUUUCCCAGGAGUAACAUCAAACUACUUAUACUGGUUUAAAUAA